AUGGGUUCUGGGGAAUGGUAUACACUUGUACAAAAAGGAAAGUUGACCAUUUUAAACCUCCCCUCCCCUCCUCUUAUAUCCUCCCCCUCUCCCACUCCUUCCAUUCUCCUCUGGCCUCACUUCACCCUGUCUGCAACCAUGAGGCCAGGAAGCACCCUCCUCCUCCUCAUCCUCGCCAUCUCCUCCGCCGUCCUCACCCUCGCCUCCUCCACCACCGUCCUCAAAGUCAGCCACCACCACAAGCCCCUCCCCCUUGUCGACCCUCGCAUCGUCACCUUCUGCAACCAGACGAACCACCCCGAAAUCUGCAUCAAGUCGGCCCGCCUCUACGGCGCCAAGUUGAGGGUCAUCGACGCCACCAACGUCUUCAACAUGCUGAUCGAAGCUCUCCAAGACCGCACCCAUGUCAUCAUCGCCAGGACCAAAGCCAUGGCCAAGACCCAGACGUCCGACCAGGUGCUCACUUGCAUCGAAUCCUGCCUCGAAUACUACAACGACGCCAUGGACUACACCAAGGAAGGGGUGGAUGCCUUCGUCGCAGGCGACGUGGGGACGUUCAUCACCAGACUCAGCGCGGCCAUCACCAUGUUCAGCACUUGCAACGACGGCUUCGUAGACUUCUCCAUUCCUAACCCGCUGGAAGAACAAAAUGACCGGUUGAUGAACAUGGCCGGCAACUGCAUCGCCAUCGGCAAAUUGAACUUUAAAGGUGCGUAUUAAGGGAGGGAGGGGAAGCGGUUUGUUUUCUCUCUUCCGAAAGUAUUAGAGAGUGCUGCUUGUUUUGAAGAGGGUGGAUCAUGGGUGGGUCUUCACGUUGUGUUCUUUUUUCUUGCGCGUUUCCUCUUUUAAAUUGAAUGCAAUGGUUAAGGGUGUCUCCGGAUUAUGGCAGGGCAAUUGCUUCCCAUGAUCAUAAAUUUCUCCUCCAUCAAUCAAUAUAUAUGUAUCAAUAACCUUAUGAGUCUCGUAAUAAUCAACUGUCAUGAUGAUCGAAUG